UGAUUGCACAGUUGCUGCGAAAUAAGUCAACUAGUACAUAAAUGAUGUGAAGUUCUACCGCUUUGUUAUCUCUCUUUUUUUUCACCCUUCCUCGCGUCAUUGGACGUGUAGUUACCAGUCUCAAUAUUCUAGUUGCAUAUUUCUUCGAUGAUCGUUGGUCAUAAUAAUUAUCACAGCUCGUUUGUAAACAUGCGUACUGAGACCUGAUAAGUGUGUACUUUUAGUCAUUCAUAUUUUUUAAAAACAAAAAUUCUGUGUUUUUGUGUGAAAUCGUAUUAUAUUUUGUUGUACAAUUUCAUUGUUUCGUGUUUAUACUUUUAUGGACUUCAUAUUUUGAGUUGUUUCGUCGCGAAGAAUCGAAUUAUUGUUAACGAUGAAGGAUAAUCCGGCCGAUUUACGUUCACUGGCGGCGGAAUCCGCGUGUAUACAAAUAGUGUACGAAUGGGCCAGCUGUGAAAUGCCAACGAUCGAUACUUGGAAAGACGAACGAGGCUACGGUACAUGCCCGGAUCACGAAUGGGUUAUUUGGCAAAUGAACGAAAUGCAGAUACCCGGCAGUCCAGUGAUGCCGGAUUCGGUUCGCGAUCAAAUCGAGUACCAAAUAACGUGGGUUUUGGAAGAGGUUACUGACUGGAUCUGUUAUCACCAUAAGAAAAACUUCUUCCACGAUGAACCGGCGUCUCCGUUGAAAGAAUAUCUGCUGAAAUUGAUUUGGAAACCGGAUCUAUGGAGUCAUCGAUCGAUUGAUUACACGGCUACUGCGAGAAACGUGCUGGCUGGGUCGAAUUUUAACGCCAUGGAGAGGUACAGAUUUGCUUGUACGUAUUGUUUCCCGGAGGAUGUGCAGAAUUUGAGAGAAAUGGCGGAGGUAGCGAUGGAUUGGUGUUUCGAAACAGAGCCAUUGCUGGUUUAUUGGAGUAAAUACUUGACCAAUCAAUUGCAUACGAUAAAGUUACCCACAGGGUUCGUUCCGAUCGAGGUCUUCUUGUUUAGAGAAGCUGUAGAGAAAUACGAUCUUCCGGCACCCAUUGUGUACUUUUUCACAAAAUUCAACUCCGGUAUUAAUAUAUGGCAGUUUUGCGACAUUAUCACGAACUCGGAGAGCACUGGAAAAGAAUAUCUGAAAGAACUACUGUCUCUGAUGAACGAAUGUGAAAAAGGUCUCGUGUACCAAGACAACGCGAUACAAAUCGUGGAGAAUUUCUCGGCGGUGUGUGACUUCGAAGGUAUCAGUCAGAUGUACUCCGAAUUGAAAGGCAAGUCGAAUUGGACGAAUUUCGCUCCAAUUAUCGUCGAAUUAGUGAAAGUGUCAAUUGGCUUAGAUCACUGCCUAUUCUGGUCACUGAUAUCCUUAACCCUACUGAUAAAAAUUUGGAACGAUGCCAUCGGCGAGGAUGGAUUCCUUGUAAACGUGAGAGAUUUGCAAUCGCGUAUCGCCGCCGAAUGCUCCACAGCAAUUGUUUCGGGUGAAAAUUGCAUCAAGCACUGUUGGUCAACAGACGAAUUUCAUCGGCAUUUGGAAUUUAUUCGAGCUUUGGCUGCUGCUCACAAUCCGGGAAAUUUCCUCAAGUCGAAUUUUUAUUGGUUGGUGAUCUGGCAACCGUUUGCUUCGGUAGUCGAACUGAUUGACGACUUUCAAUUGGAUGCCGAAGACGUCGAGGAAUUAAAAAGGUAUACUCGACGUCCGUCUAGAAUGAAGCGCGCUUGUCUAAAAUAUUUGGAGAGUGGCAAGUUGGAAGAAUUCAGCGCUUUUGUAUCGUUUUGUUACCAAGACCAUAAGGCCGAUAUAAGCACAUAUCAGAAGAACUUGUUGAUGAAUGAAGAUGGCUUGAAAGCUCUCGCUAAUGCGUUGUAUCGCAUCGACUGGAGAAUAGUCUACGAAUUCGUCAGCAAUGUGUUUCGUGAUACUGACGGAUUCGCGUCUAGCUACACUACCAGACUGUUGUUUCGUGCUUUUCAGAAUGGAGAGUACUCUUUGAGGAAACUAAUGAAACGAGAAGAUGGGUACGGCAUUGUGGAUUGUAUUCGAACUUUCGUGCCUGACAAUGAUAGUUUAUCGCUGGCAAAGCAGACCUUCUUGGACUUACUCUUAAAUAUGAUUCAUAGUGACGACUUUUUCGUUUUUAAACGAGCUACGUUCAAUGACCAUAUGUUGAAUUGGUGUUAUGGAACUGAGACGGGCGUUGCCGAAUUUAAAGAGAUGAUCAACGUUUCGAAACUAUUCAUUACUCAGUUUUCUGGCUGCAUAGCGAAAAACACGACAUUGACCUUUAAAGUCAGCGAUUCGAUGGAGGAAUUUUUGCAUUGGUACUAUCCCGUCGAUAGUGAAAGGAGAGCUUUUAAAUUGGAAAUGAUUCACUCGUACAACGAAUUCGAAGAUAUUUCGAUAUAUUUAAAGGAUAGAAGUUAUCGUCGACGUAUGUUGGAUUGGUUUUUCGAGAACGACGCCGAUGCAAUAAAGGAAUUUGUGGCUAACGUAUCGUCCAUUAGGUUUAGUGGUCCACGCAUCACCAUAUGAGUUUUUGGAAGUUUUUUGUGGUGGUUAUGUCGAGUUUAUUCGUUUGUGAAUUUUUAUCUUUUUUUUUUUCGAAUCAUUAUUUUAAUCAAUUAAGAUAGGCAUUACCUGUAAUAAAUAUGUGAUGUGUUUUUUGGGA